UUGGCACUCGUUCUCCAUCAACAGGAGCAGAUUAGACAAGGCAACAGAGAAAACACACCAAGCGAGCUGAGGGCACGACUGGAUCAAAAACUGCUGUCAUGUCAAAGUAUAGUUUUCAAGAAGACCAGCGGGAAUGGAACUAUUGCCCUGUACUUGGGGAAGAGGGACUUUGUGGACAAUGUGGAUUCUGUGGAAGUAGUCGAUGGAGUAGUUAAAGUGGAUCCCUCUGGUCUUGAUGGGAGAAAAGUGUAUGUCUACCUCGCCUGUGCCUUCCGCUAUGGCAGUGAUGACUUGGACAUUAUUGGACUUUCAUUCCGGAGAGACAUCUGGUUACAGCGAGUCCAGGUGUACCCAGCCACAAAUGCGGGUGGACCUAAGACGCCAAUGCAGGAGUCCCUCAUGAAAAAAGUUGGGGAGCAAGGAUGUCCAUUUUCCUUCCAGAUGCCAGCAAAUCUGCCAUGCUCAGUCUCCUUGCAGCCUGGGCCAGGUGAUGCAGGCAAGGCGUGUGGUGUGGACUUUGAGGUCAAAGCAUACAUUGCUAAUGCACCUGACAAUGGAGAAGAAGUCAUCGAAAAAAAGGACACAUGCCGCCUGAUGAUUAGAAAAAUACAAUUUGCUCCAGUUAACAACAAGGCGGGACCCAAGGCUGAAAUAUCUAAGCAGUUCAUGAUGAGCGACAAGCCAGUUCAUGUGGAGGCCUCCCUUGAAAAAGAGACUUACUACCAUGGAGAUCCUAUCACUGUCAAAGUAAAAAUAAACAAUGAAACGACCAAGACUGUGAAGAAAAUCAGAAUUGCAGUGGAGCAGUUAACAAGUGUUGUGCUCUACUCAUCUGACACUUACACCAAGGAGGUCUGCUCUCAGGAGUUUGGAGAGACAGUUGCUGCCAACGCUACACUUGAGAAAUCCUUCCAAGUUACACCUCUGCUAUCCAGCAACAAGGAGAAGAGAGGUAUUUCAGUUGAUGGGCGGCUAAAAGAUGAAGACACAAACUUGGCAUCCACAACACUGAGUCAGGCAGAUAAGGAGAUGCAGGGAAUACUUAUAUCCUACAAAGUCAAGGUUGCCGUAACGGUGUCUGGCGGAGGCCUUCUGGGUGGCCUGACAGGAAGUGAUGUGAUGUUGGAGAUUCCUUUGAUUCUGAUGUCCCCAAAACCUGCAGGUUGCACAUUGGAAUAAAAGCCCCUUUAGUUCAGGUGAGGUAAACUCAGAUUCAGUACAUGUUAAUGGGUGGCUUUUUUAAGGGCUAUUGUCAUUUCUUUCCCCCCCACACCCUUUCAGUCCAAAUGAUAAAAAUAAGUCAAUGUUACAGUGAAUUGAUGUGAGACCCCUGAUUCAGAGCUCCUUCCACCUUGUUGCAUUGGUGUGAAAUGUUACAUGUUUACCUGUUUUCCCAGUCUAUAAACUCAUAACUUUGAUGGUCAUCCUGUAGCACUGAUAGCAGCAUGUAUGCAGAUUUGGGGAGUUUUCAAGUAGUUCUUACAU